AUGAGAACCCUUUUUCUUCUCUUUGCUGUUGGAAUUGUUAUCGUAGCGAGUAGCGAGAGUAUCGAAAUCGGUGAGGGUGCUGAAAUUGAGGACAUCGAGGACAUCGAAAGACUCCCAGUUGAGCGCAGAAAGCUCUUUUGCAAGGCUUGUGAAAAUCUUGUCAAGGAAGCCGACAAAAAAGGUGACGAGGAACUGGAAAAGUUCUUGCGAAAGCGUAUCGCUGAGAUCUGCAAGAUUACCGGUUUCUUCGAGCACGAGUGCAAGAAAGCUCUUGAUCAUGAACUAAAAGAUCUCGUGAAAUGGAUCGACAAAAAAGUUGACGCGAAACGAGCCUGCAAGGAAGUUCGCUUGUGU